ACAAAUUUAUUUUACAUGGCACGGGGGCCCUCAUUAAAAAAAAAAAAGGACCGAAAGCAGCAGUUACGAGCCAAUUGCUUACAGAGUGAAAUGGACAAAAAAUAGUAAGUUGUGAAACAUAAGGGGAAGGGGCUUGGGGUGAAGAAGCGACUAGAAAGUUAGGGAUUAACAAAUUUUGUUUGGAUAGAUUUCCCUCGACUUCGACUUUCUGUCCUUGAAGAUAAGAAUGUUAUUUUAUAGGGAAGACAUCUUUCACAUGGGAAUUUCAUCUCCUCCUUAUAAGACACAUAAUAUCCAUGAGAGUGAUCUUGCACCUGCUGUUUUUAAGUGCCUUUAAUUUAAAAUAGUCAAUAUGCCACAGCAGCAUAUUUUGAGGUGGUAUAUUAUUAACUCCUUCAAGGCUAAAAGCCUUGAAUAUGCCGGGGUAGUUACCAGACUGGAGAACCUUCUCAGCUAUUUGCCACUUGUGGAAUGCAUUCAAUGUACUGAGUGUUUAUUAACUUUUCUCUCAGUCCCUCACUCUGCUGCUCUUCUCGCCUCAUCUCACAUAAGGGAAAACUCAGGCUCCAAAAGCAAACUGAUUCCACCAAGAUGACAAUGGAAUUGGGACCUGGGGUCCAAGCCUGGUCCUCGCACGAAGUAGAUACUCCCUGAGAUGCUGCGUAAGAGCCAUGGGUAGGGCCACUCAUGGCCCUCUUCCUUUGGCGGACCUUGGACAUCCACCUUCCCUGCGUUAAAGUGCUCCACCAGGUGACGCCGGAAGAGAAGCCAGAAGUAAGUACAAGUGAAAUCCCGUGGCUGACCACAGACAGGCGAGCGAUAAAAAAAAGCUCGCUGCUUCUUUCCUCAACACUCCGCCAGCUGCGUCAGUGGCCCUUGACCCGCACUCAAAAUGGCGGCGGCGGCGUCAGCGUCAGCGUCAGCGGCCUCCUGCUCGUAUCUAUCGUGGCGGCGACGGGACCCGCCUCCCUGGGCGCCGGAGUCAUGUGACCCACACAAUGGCUGAGUGGCUACUCUCGGCUUCCUGGCAACGCCGAGUGAAAGCUAUGACGGCCGCUGCGGGUUCGGCGGGCCGCGCCGUGGUGCCCUUGCUGCUGUGUGCGCUGCUGGCGCCCGGCGGCGCGUACGUGCUGGACGACUCCGACGGGCUGGGCCGGGAGUUCGACGGCAUCGGCGGGGUCAGCGGCGGCGGGGCAACCUCCCGACUUCUAGUAAAUUACCCAGAGCCCUAUCGUUCUCAGAUACUGGAUUAUCUCUUCAAGCCGAAUUUUGGUGCCUCUUUGCAUAUUCUAAAAGUGGAAAUAGGUGGUGAUGGGCAGACAACAGAUGGCACUGAGCCCUCCCACAUGCACUAUGCACUAGAUGAGAAUUAUUUCCGAGGAUAUGAGUGGUGGUUAAUGAAGGAAGCUAAGAAGAGGAAUCCCAAUAUUACACUCAUUGGGUUGCCAUGGUCAUUCCCUGGAUGGCUGGGAAAAGGUUUCAACUGGCCUUAUGUCAAUCUUCAGCUGACUGCCUAUUAUGUCGUGACCUGGAUUGUGGGUGCCAAGCGUUAUCAUGAUUUGGACAUUGAUUAUAUUGGAAUUUGGAAUGAGAGGUCAUAUAAUGCCAAUUAUAUUAAGAUAUUAAGAAAAAUGCUGAACUAUCAAGGUCUCCAGCGAGUGAAAAUCAUAGCAAGUGAUAAUCUCUGGGAGUCCAUCUCUGCAUCCGUGCUCCUUGAUGCCGAACUCUUCAAGGUGGUUGAUGUUAUAGGGCAGUUUUUGCUGUGUGGAAGCUUCUGCUUUGUUAUUUGGGCUCAUUAUCCUGGAACCCAUUCAGCAAAAGAUGCAAAGUUGACUGGGAAGAAGCUUUGGUCUUCUGAAGACUUUAGCACUUUAAAUAGUGACACGGGUGCAGGCUGCUGGGGUCGCAUUUUAAAUCAGAAUUAUAUCAAUGGCUAUAUGACUUCCACAAUCGCAUGGAAUUUAGUGGCUAGUUACUAUGAACAGUUGCCUUAUGGGAGAUGCGGGUUAAUGACGGCCCAGGAGCCAUGGAGUGGGCACUACGUGGUAGAAUCUCCUGUCUGGGUAUCAGCUCAUACCACUCAGUUUACUCAACCUGGCUGGUAUUACCUGAAGACGGUUGGCCAUUUAGAGAAAGGAGGAAGCUACGUAGCUCUGACUGAUGGCUUAGGGAACCUCACCAUCAUCAUUGAAACCAUGAGUCAUAAACAUUCUAAGUGCAUACGGCCAUUUCUUCCUUAUUUCAAUGUGUCACAACAAUUUGCCACCUUUGUUCUUAAGGGAUCUUUUAGUGAAAUACCAGAGCUACAGGUAUGGUAUACCAAACUUGGAAAAACAUCCGAAAGAUUUCUUUUUAAGCAGCUGGAUUCUCUGUGGCUCCUCGACAGCGGUGGCAGUUUCACACUGAACCUGCAUGAAGAUGAGCUGUUCACACUCACCACUCUCACCAGUGGUCGCAAAGGCAGCUACCCGCUUCCUCCAAAAUCCCAGCCCUUCCCAAGUACCUAUAAGGAUGAUUUCAAUGUUGAUUACCCAUUUUUUAGUGAAGCUCCAAACUUUGCCGAUCAAACUGGUGUAUUUGAAUAUUUUACAAAUAUUGAAGACCCUGGUGAGCAUCACUUCACGCUACGCCAAGUUCUCAACCAGAGACCCAUUACGUGGGCUGCCGAUGCAUCCAACACAAUCAGUAUUGUAGGAGACUACAAUUGGACCAAUCUGACUAUAAAGUGUGAUGUUUACAUAGAGACCCCUGACACAGGAGGUGUGUUCAUUGCAGGAAGAGUAAACAAAGGUGGUAUUUUGAUUAGAAGUGCCAGAGGAAUUUUCUUCUGGAUUUUUGCAAAUGGAUCUUACAGGGUUACAGGUGAUUUAGCUGGAUGGAUUAUAUAUGCUUUAGGACGUGUUGAAGUUACAGCAAAAAAAUGGUAUACACUCACGUUAACUAUUAAGGGUCAUUUCGCCUCUGGAAUGCUGAAUGACAAGUCUCUGUGGACAGACAUCCCUGUGAAUUUUCCAAAGAAUGGCUGGGCUGCAAUUGGAACUCACUCCUUUGAAUUUGCACAGUUUGACAACUUUCUUGUGGAAGCCGCACGCUAAUACUUACAGGGCAUCAUGGAAUACUCUGGAUUUUUUUCCCUUCUUUUUGGUUUUGGUUCAGAGCUAAUUCUUGUUUCACUGGAACGGUAUAUGAACCUUUCGAGGCUAAAAAUAAUGAAGAGUAAAAGGGGAGAGAAAUUUAUUUUUAAUUUAUCCUGUGGAAGAUUUCAUUAGAAUUAAUUCCAAGGGGAAAACUGGUGAAUCUUUAACAUUACCUGGUGUGUUCCCUAACAUUCAAACUGUGCAUUGGCCAUACCCUUAGGAGUGGUUUGAGUAGUACAGACCUCGAAGCCUUGCUGCUAACACUGAGGUAGCACUCUUCAUCUUCUUUGCAAGCGGUCCUGUAGAUGGCAGUAACUUGAUCAUCACUGAGAUGUAUUUAUGCAUGCUGACCAUGUGUCCACGUGAGCCAGUGUCUUCAUCACAAGAUGAUGCUGCCAUAAUAGAAAGCUGAAGAACACUGGAAGUAGCUUUUUGAAAACCACUUCAACCUGUUAUGCUUUAUGCUCUAAAAAGUAUUUUUUUAUUUUUCUUUUUAAGAUGAUACUUUUGAAAUGCAGGAUAUGAUGAGUGGGAUGAUUUAAAAAAUGCCUCUUUAAUAAACUACCUCUAACACUAUUUCUGCAGUAAUAGAUAUUAGCAGAUUAAUUGGGUUAUUUGCAUUAUUUAAUUUUUUUGAUUCCAAGUUUUGGUCUUGUAACCACUAUAACUCUCUGUGAACGUUUUUCCAGGUAGCUGGAAGAAGGAAGAAAACCUGAUCUAGCCAAUGCUGUUGUAGCCGUUUCUUCUGCCUCAUCUCACUGUGCUGUGGUCUGUUCUCACAUGUGGCACUGGUAACAGACUCACACAGCUGAUGAAUGCUUUUCUCUCCUUAUGUGUGGAAGGAGGGGAGCACUUAGCCAUUUGCUAACUCCCAGAAUUGGAUCGUCUCCUAAGAUGUACUUACUUUUUAAAGCCCAAAUAUGUUUAUAUUUAAAUAUACAUGAGCAUGUUUAUCAUGUUGUAUGAUUUAUACUAAGCAUUAAUGUGGCUCUAAGUAGCAAAUCAGUUAUUCAUGUGGGUAAAGUAAAUCUAGAAUUAUUUAUAAGAAUUACUCAUUGAACUAAUUCUACUAUUUAGGAAUUUGUAAGAGUCUAACAUAGGCUUAGCUACAGUGAAGUUUUGCAUUGCUUUUGAAGACAAGAAGAUAAGUACUAGAAUAAAUAAGAUUACAGAGAAAAUUUUUCAUUAAAACCAAGUGAUUUCCAGCUGACUUAUCUAAUAUUUUUUAAAGCUAACAUUAUAGAGGCGUAAUUUAUUUACAAUAAAAUGUUCCUACUUUAAAUAUACAAUUCAGUGAGUUUUGAUAAAUGGAUAUACCCAUGUAACCAACACUCCAGUCAAGCUUCAGAAUAUUUCCAUCACCCCAGAAAGUUCUGUUACAUACCUGCCCAGUCAGUUCCUUUCACUCCCAAUUGUUGGCAGCCAUUGAUAUGAAUUCUAUCACUAUAGAUUAGUUUUCUUUGUUCCAGAACAUCAUGAAAGUGGCAUCAUGUACUAUGUAUUCUUAUGAAUGGUUGGUUUCUUUCUGUCAGCAUAAUGAUUUGAGAUUUGUCUAUGUUGUGUGAUUCAGUGGUUUGUCCUUCUUAUUUCUGAAGAGUUUUCCAUUAUAUGAAUAUAUCACAAUUUGUUUCCUCCCCACCAGUUUCUGAUACUACAAUUAAAACUGUCUACAUUUACAA